AUGACUCAACUUGAUACGAUCUUAGUUUUCUGUAUAAACAAAGUUCUACACAAAGUAUGGGCGAAAGAUUGGUCAAAAGCGAGAGGCGUUCAUCGCACAAUAAAGUCCAUAUGUAAACGAUUAGCAAAGUCUACACAAGCAUGCGAUCAUGAUUCGAUCCCGAUGAGCUUCGUUCCGCAGCUAUGCACGUCAGAUACAGCGUCCCAUGAGAAAAAUCUUGGUCAAUUACCACCAGCGUACAUGUACUCGGGGAUUUUCAAGGAUAUUAUAUUGGAAAUUGAUGACGAUAACGCUAAAUCGAUGAACACCUUAGUGAAAUUUCGCCGAGAACAAAAUAUUUCUGAAACUGAAAUAAGUGAAUUUAAGCGUGAAUACCACGACAGGUCGCCAGUCUAUUGGUAUACGAAACAAAUGUUUCUGUAUGGUAUGCUUAAUCGUGCCUUCCGAACGCUCGACAUGGAGUGGAUGACAAAAUUAGGCUUUUUUAUUCGAAAUCUGCAUAUUCGCCUGGGAGAAUUGCACCAGGACCAGCUGGUGGAUUUUCAGACAGUGCUUACCGUUUAUCAUGGCCAGGGAAUGAGCAAAGAAGACUUUCAAAAUCUACUUGAUUCAAAAGGUGGGCUCUUUUCAUUCAACAAUUUUUUAUCGACUAGUAAGAAACAAAAACUGGCCGCAUCCUUUGUUCAAGACGCCCUACAGAGAAAUUCAGAUAUUGUGGGUGUUAUGUUUAUUAUGACAAUAGAUCCAAGUAAAAUAUCAACUCCAAUCACAUCACUUGCAAUGAUUGAUAAACACAGUGCUAUCCCACAAGAACAAGAAAUAUUAUUUCCGAUGCACACUGUUUUUCGUGUUGGUGAAAUUAAACAGACGCCUCAGAAUAGUCGUCUUUGGGAAGUACACUUGGCUAUUACUGACGAGAGGGAUCCACAACUGGCUGGUCUUACUGAUCACAUCAAACAGGAGGUUCGAGGUUCGACUGGAUGGCAUCGAAUGGGCCAAUUAAUGCCCAAAGUGGGUCAUUUCGAUCAAGCAGAGGAACUCUACAAUGAAUUACUUGGGAAUGCUUCUACUGCCAGAGAUAAGGCAUUUAUAUAUCACAUACUUGGAUGGUUGAAAGGCAACCAAGGUAAAUAUCCAGAAGCAGUUACUUUCUACAAAAAAUCACUCGAAAUCUACCGGAAAACGCUUCCAGAAGAUGAUGCUUCAUUACCACCUACUUAUAGUAACAUUGGUGGAGUGUAUAACAACCUGGGUGAAUACUCGAAAGCACUGGAAUAUUACGAAAAAUCGCUGAAAAUAAGAGAAAAAGCUCUGCCUCCGAAUCAUCCCGACUUGGCUACUUCGCACAACAACAUCAGUGCAGUGUAUAACAACCUGGGUGAAUACUCGAAAGCACUGGAAUAUUUCGAAAAAUCGCUCCAAAUAACGGAAAA